AUGGCUUCAUUACCUCAGCCCCAGUCUGGACAAUUUGCCAUCCACUACUUUGCCACAGCCUCCCAAUAUACUUCAAAAAACACCGAGCGCCUUCCUGCGCCUCUUCCGCUAUCCCGUCUCUUCCCUCUCCUCGAGGAGCUUUACCCCGGCAUCAAGGAGAAAGUCCUUUGCAGCUGUGGCAUCAGUCUUGAGGGCAAUUAUGUCGAUGUCGAUGUCGAUGCAGAUGUGAUUAUCCAGGCUGGAGAUGAAAUUGCAGUGAUCCCACCCGUCAGUUCAGGGUAG